CAUGUCUCAACCGUUAAGAGUAGAUGACUUUGUUGAUGAACUUAGAAAAUAUGAUAGAAAAGAAGAUUUUAUGGCAAUAAUGAAAUCAUACGAACAAAGGUAAUUAAAAUACAAAUCUAGAUAUUAUGAUUAAUUUGAAUAAUUUGCAAAUAACAAUUUUCCUCCUGAAUUAUAGCGAUAGCAAAUACCGAAAUAAGAAUUCUUAUACAAACAAUAACCAUAACACCAAAAACCACCUGUUGUUCGUUCAAGCUCAGCAAAUAAAUUGGAUUAUUAUGAUCAAUACUAAAUAUUUUCCUAAUAGUCAGUCUAAACUCCGUAAACAACCUAAUUACCCUAACGACCACCAUCGAGAGGAGAAAUUCAAGAUCCUUUUAAGAGACCAUAAGAUUAAUUUGACUAUAGACUGAGCCCUGUUGCUUAAUAGGAUCCCUAUAGAGGUUUAAAUAAAUAGCAGUAUAAUCCAUAGUAAAGAAAUCCUGCUUAGAUUCCAAUUCAACAAGCUCCUUUUUCUCCUUUUCAAAAUGCUUAAGGUUAAGCUUUAAUAAAUAAUACUUAAUAAUAAGUGGGGUUACCUUUUGGAAACUAGGUUGGAGGUUAAAUUAAUAAUCCGCAGUUCCAGAAUUAUGGAGUUUAAUAAUAAUUUUAUGAGCAACAGUAAUACUAAUAAGAGACUGUAUAAUAUCCAAAAGCAGGGCCAAAUCAAUAAUAGUAAAUGGAUGCCUUCCUAAAUGAGAUAAAAUCUUAGAGGAUUAAAAAAUAAUAAUACAAAUGA